AGCACACUAUGCGCAUGUGCAGCUUGUAUUGGUUUUCAUUCAAAAGUUGUGAUAUGAGUAAAACAAAACUUUACGCAUCUAGUGUGGAUAUGUAUCUUUAUACCACCAAGAAUGGAUUCAAGCAAUAGUUUAUUGUCAAGCCUGGUACAGACUAAAUCUAUUCAGCGGGUCCUAGCACCUCUUGCAACCCAGGUGUCAAAUUUGAUUAUCUACAAUGAAGCUUACAAUAAGGGAGAUAAAUGUGCCACACCCAGGCAUUUUGCAACCUAUGCAGAAAAUGUUCUCCAUGCUGCUGAAGGUUUGGUGCAGGCAGCUUCAAAAAUUGCACGGAAUUCUACAGACAAAGAGCUGAGAAGACAGAUGCCUUCAGCAUGUGAGUUAAUAACAAUGGCAGGUCAGAACUUAGUUCUGGUAUCCCAGCGUGUAGAACUAGAGCCUGACCGAGCUGAAAUCAGGAGGAGUCUAAUUAGAACUGCCAAAGAUGUUUUAGAGGGCACAAUGAAGGUGCUGCUGGUUGCUGAUGAUGCAGAGAUCAGGAAGAUCAUGACAGCCUGUCAGUGGGUGAUGGACAGGAUAAGCUUACUUAGCUCUGUCAAAUCAAUGAAGGCAUUAGUGGCCUGUUUUAAGGGAUUUUCUGAAUCACUGAUGAUAUUAACCAAAUUGGUGGAGCAAAGACAAAAGGAACUUACCAACCCCAGACAGAGAGAGCGUCUUAUCAGUAGCAUGACAGUACUGAAGAAAGCUGUGCCCAUGCUUAGCACUGCUAUGCAAACCUAUGUCAAGUAUCAAACCAACAAUCAGGCUGGAACCAGCAGAGACUAUGUUAUAGGCCAGGUGCUGACAGCGGCAAGUGAUAUUAGGGAUGUUGUGCAGAAUAAGUACACUGAUGAAGAUGAGGAAGAAGAACCAGAAGACAUUGGACAUUUUGUGGCUAAGAUUGACCAGAUAUUGGACUUAUUGUCUGCAGAAAACCGUACAAAGUUGGAUGCUGAUUUUGAAGUUGUUGUUGAAAGCAUUGUGAGACAUAGUAUGGCAGUGGCACAUUUGUCUGGAGAAGAUCAGAGGGACCCUGUCAUCAAUGCUUGCCAUAAGAUACUUAAGAGGAAAACGGUGAUUGAGGAGCAAAUGAAAAAUGUGCAAGGCAAUCCUCAGUUUGGUGAAUUAAGGUCUGAUUUCGAUGAGGAAUGUGAACACUUGAUUGAAGAAUUUCAAGAAUUAGAAAGACAUGUGAACAGCGCCAUCUUGUACCAGAUUGUGGAGGUGUUCAGUGAGACUACUGGACCACUGGAGAGGAUGGUGAAAGCUGCUCUUAGUCCUACCAAGGAAAGAACUCCUAUUAAAGAGAGAAAAUGUGUAGAAUAUUUGCAAUCUUAUUUUGACGAUUUCAAUUCUCACUCUGACAAGCUGUACCAAGUAGCCAAUUUCACUGCAGCCAGUUCUACCAAUGCCAGAAGGGUGCGAGUUAUCAGAGUAAGUGUUAAACGUCUUGAGAAACUCGAUCCUGAAAUUAUCCCAGCCACUAUCUGCUGUCGCAAGGACAGGCUAGAUCAGGGAGCAGUAGAACAUUUGAAACUGCUGAAACGAGAGUGGACACAAGAACUCGACACAUUGGUGACCAACAUUGAUGAUAUCAUCGACCCUGGGUUGUUUCUCAAUGCUUCAGUUCAAGUUUUAAAAGAAGAGGUAAAUCUAGUGCGCAGUUUGGACUUAUUACCAGACUUGGAGGUUGUAACAGACGCCACACAGGGAAUUGUUGGAAAGGCCAAAAGAAUUGAACAAAUAGCAUUGCGGUUGGUGGAUAAUCAUGAAGACCCAAUCUUUAGAAAUGGACUCUUGGUGUUUGUUAAUCAGCUUAAAAAAGCAAUAACAGGUGUGAAAUCUGCCCUGCAGCAUUUAAAGAAAGACAGAGGAGAUAAAAAUGCCUAUGAAAUUUUGAAGAAAAGGUGCAAGAUUUUACUUCAGUGUGUCCAACAGAUAAGAGAAGGAUUAAAUGAAAAAAAUCACCCUGGUAUCCUGAGCCCCUUAAGAAAAAAUCAGAGAUCUUCAUCCAAUAUUAAGAAAGAUACAGUUGCAAAUUUUGAAGACCAAGAAAAUCUACAGACAGGGUCUGUUAGUGAAAACAACUUUUCACCUGAAAGCAACAUGUACCUCAGCAAACCAGUGUCUAAAGAGAAGAGGUCCCCUGGCAGCCACUUCAUGGUCAAACCUAAGGAAGAAUUAUUCAGUACAGUAUCAACACACAGUCACAUAGCCAAGAGUUCUACGAGCAAAAACACAUCGCUUUUUUUAGGCAAAUCAAAGGCGCAAAGGCUGUUGAAAGCUGUCACUGCAGCUGCUAUUGCAGGCGACAAAACUAAAGUGAAUUUGCUUUGCAAUGAUCUUCUUUCCUUGUCCAAUGAUUUAACUGAGAUUGGCAAUGAGUUAAGUGGAACAAUUGAGGGACAGUCUCAUGGAAGUUUGGUGUCCAGUCUCUCUGAGGUAACCGGACUUACCCCUGUCCUGCUGGAAAAGUGUCACCAGGUGGCAGAAAAAGAUGUAGGAGAGUUGGAUGCAUUACAUCAAGUGGGAGAAAAUUGGGCUGUACAGGUGGAUGACCUGUACAGUGUUAUAAUUGCAAUGGUUGAGAGACCCCACUCUGUGGCUAGGAAACUAGCUGACGCUGCCAGGAUGAAAAAUUCCAAGUUGUUGACUUCAGAGAUCCAUCAUCUGCAAGAUCACCAGAAGUAUCUACAAAAAUUAGUUGAAAUGGCUUCUGGAGAUGUGGUUCAUCAUGGAGACAUUGUGUUAGUUGAGAGAUUACAGCAGUUGAAGGAGAGAGGCAAUGACUUGGAAAAUAUGACAGCAACUGUUGUGACCCUAGCCGAUGUGAUUGCGCAUACAGGUGGUACUGAUGAGCUGGACCAGUUAGACAGUGUUUGUUUUGAGUGGGCUGCUAAGGUUUGCAGUAUUCUCAAUUUGGUUAGCCUGGUACAUAAACAGAGCAUCCCACAUGUCAUAAUGCUGGUACAUGGUGGUAGUCCCUCUGGUGCAAGAAGCAGUCAGGCUGAGAUCAAAAAGUUUACAGAGGAAACCAUUCGGUGGCAAGAGAUGGUUAAUUGUGUUGUGCAUGGGUUGGAUGAUCAAUUCAGAAGUAACCAGGUGUCCACAGCAGCCUCAGCCAUGGAUGCCUUGACAAACCUCAUGGCUGAAACUGUCCAUGCUGCAGAGAAUGCCCCAAGUGCCAUCACCACUGCUGACUGCCUGUAUGCUGAAUGGAAGAUCAAGAUGUUGCAAUACCAGUGGGCAUGCAAGGUGCAAUUGUUGAAGCAGUUGAUAGAUGAUUUGACUGCUGAUGUUUCCCAUUUUCCUGAAAAAUUGGCCAAAGCUGCCAUUUUGACACACUGUGCUGCAGGUUCUCAAAAAGAAACCCAUUUAAGUGAUUUUAAAAUGGCAUCUAAGGAGAUCCAACAGGCAAUAGCAACCAUUUCAAAUGUUGCUCUAAAGAUGGCAGAAACAGAAGAGGAUUUGGAUAUAAAAGCCACAGUUUGUCAAACUGUCAAUGAUUUGGCAAGACUCACUCCAAACUUAACAGCAUAUGCAAGGGUAUUGAUGGACAACCCAAAUGACCAGAGCAUGCAUGAUUUCAGUAAGUUGAAGAGGCAGUGGGCAUGUAAGGCCAAACUUUUGGUCACAGCAGUGAGUUCCUGCAAAAGGAUUGACACAAAGACUGCCCAAGAUGUUCAGAUGGCGCUCUGUCCCAACACACCCCAGCUCCCAACUUCUUCACCAGUCAGAGGUGUGUCAUUUUCUGUUGAUGACACCCAAGCUUCAGAUCUUCUUACUAGCCUCUUAGGGCAAAUGUCACAGUCCCUGAAUCUGACAGAAUUAGGCAACUCUGUCAAGAUGACCCCAAUGAGUAGACUGGACACAAGUAAUCACAGAAGUACACAGACUGUGAAUACAGACAGUCCGGCAUCACCUCAGCUACAGCCUACAACAGGUUAUGGUCAGCAGUCACAGAAGGCCAAAUUUAAUGACCAGCACAAAGGCACGCCAUCUGUAAAAGUACAAGAAAAAAGAUCCAGUCCACUUGGAAGAGGGUCCCCAAGUUUCGCUAGUUUUUUAAGCCCCCAAAGUGCUGCAAAUAGCUUCUCAGAACUUGGCAAGUCCAAACCUAUGGAAGUGUGGAAACAGCCCCCUCAGUCUACAGAGAAAUGGUCCCUAAAAUCUGCACAUCAGAUUGCUGCUGCUGCCAAGUACCUCCAGUUGGAGACAGCCAAAUGGGAGGAUGACAGCAAUCCAAUAGUCAGGGUGGCCAAACAGAUGUCAGAGCAGAUGUUUCAACUGUCAGAGUUCACUAAGAAACAAGGACCACUGUCUGGCAAAGAAGAUAUGAUCCAAAUUUCCAAAGCAAUAGCAAAAAAUGGAGAUGCAAUUGUUCAAUUUGCCAAAAUUAUUGCUGAGUAUUGUGUGGAUAAACGGUUCUCAGAAGAUCUCUUGGCCUAUGCAGAUCAAGUGCCAACUAUCAGCACUCAGCUUAACAUCAUUGCCAGUGUGAAGGCUGCAACUCCAGAAGACAGAUAUGCUGAUAAAGUUUUGGUGAAGAAUGCUGAGAAUCUAAUGCAAGCUGUUAUGAAGACACUAAAAGCUGCAGAAGCAGCUGGUGUCAAGGGAUUACGUCAGCCCCCACCAGAUGCAGUGGAUGAGAGUCAAGCAGUUGUACUGGCCACACAGUGGAAGAGGAAGUUAACCAGUCAUCGCAGGCAGGAGGCCAGCAUUGCAGAUAUGGAUGAACUGGGCCUGCGGAUGAUUAACAGAAACACCUCUGGACCUGCAUUGCAAGAGAUUUUCAUUCGACGCUGACAGAUUUAAAUCUUACUCGUGAAGCAAUGAGAAAUCAUUAUAUUACUAUAUUUUCUAUAUUUUAUUACCAGUGCUUUUGAUACCUUUUAUUCUAUUGUUAUUUUAAUGAUGAUUUGCAAAUGUAUAUAUGCUGUUGUGUAUGGUUGCCAUGUCGAGCUGCUUUAAUUAUUAAGAAGCAUUGUUUUAGAUAUUGUGUGAUAUGCUAAUCUAUCAUAAAACCAAGGUUCAAAUGAAAAUAAGUUACAUACAUGUAUAAAUCACUUUUUGGUCUAUCCAUUUUGAAUGUCCUUUACAUUUUAGCAAUGAGUAAUAGUGUUUAUAUAUAUAUAUAUAGGUAUGGAUAGCUAAUACAAUUAAUUUAUUUAAGUGUUCUUAUCUCACUUGGGAGCUUUUCAUUACUCAUAUACAUAUGAGAAAUUGUUUUUCUUAAACAGGACUGCCUAACUUUGUCAUCAUAUUUGGAUUACUUGGCUGGGCCUUAAGGGUUCCCUCAUUCUCCUUACUGGUCACAAAUCCACUCUCUCUCCGACUCGAGUUACUUUGCUUUUAGAAAGAAAAGAUUUAAUUUGGUUUGGAUUUCAAAUGCUAAUUUGGGAGGAGACUGUAUUUUAGGUAGAAGAUAUGUUUUAUCUCAGAGAUGUUUCCUUUUUAAAGACAAUUUUUGUUUUUAUGCCAGUAAAAAACAUUUUGUACUUAAUUGUUACAUCAUUUUUAUUGAUUUAUUUUAAAAAGAUACUGGAAGUGGAUAUAGAUAAAUCUAUUUAUUCAUUUACACAUUGUGUAAGGUUUCUAUAUACAACUUAGAUAUUUGGACAUUUUUUUAUAUAUAUAUAUUCUGUAACUAUCUCAGAAAUAUUUUUAAAAUCAAAUUGUACAAUUGACGCCUUCUGUAUAUGGUGUUUGAUAACAAUUAGAAUUAUUUACUUACAUGGCUGAAUCAUUAACAAUGUCAAGUAUAUUGUUGCUCUGCUUUAAAAUAUUGUGGUGUCAAUUUUUAUGGAAUUUUUUACUGUAGGAAUUUUACACUGUUUUUACACUGCUUCUUUGUUUUCUAAAAACCUCAUGCAAGAUUCUUCAGGGAAUUUGGCUUUUUUUCAAAUAAUACAUACUGGUACCACUUUUCUUUUUCCUGUAAAUACCAAGUUGCUGAUCUGUUUGCCCAUCCGACAAGGAAACUGUUAGCAGCCUGGGCAGAAAUUUCAACCAGUUAGGAAAAUUACUGUUUACUUCAAAUUGGCAUAACUGAAACUUGCCUCUUGUCUUAGGCACUUUCACCCGUUUUCAAUGGACUAGAUUGCGUUUAUUCCAAGCACUUGGAGGUCGUUGUGAGGAUAGUGUUGUAGUUGAGAAGGGAGCAAUGGAGCGAUCUUCUUUCGAAUAGCUCCCUUCUCAAUUUAGAACAUAGCAUGUAAAUGAAAAACAAGCACGACGGUAUAUCUGAAAGUUUUAUAAAUUUUGGCUUUUGCAGAGUCACAA